AUGUUUCCCUUACACUCUAAAGGGGUGGAGCAGGAGCUGAAUUUCAGCAGCUCACCAGGGAUGAGGAGAUGCAGGGGGUUGAACUUGCGUGCACUCCGCUGGUCUCAGGCUAUGAUCUUCUUCAUAAAUGAGAUCAACAGAAACCCUGACCUGCUUCCCAACAUCACGCUGGGUUACAGGCUGUAUGACACGUGCUGGCUGGUGGCACUGUCUAUGAGAACAGCCUUGUCUGUGGUCUCUCAGCCCAUAAAGAGGAGCCAGACUGGGGCAUGUUUGGCCCCGACCGUGCCUCUUAUCAUAGGAGACUCAGGAUCCACCCUGUCCAUAACCAUCUCUAGAUUGCUCAAUCUGUUCAAGAUCCCAAUGGUUAGUUACUUUGCCUCAUGUGCUUGCCUCAGUGACAAGAAGCAGUUUCCCUAUUUCUUCCGUACAGUGCCCAGUGACUCAUUCCAGGCCAGCGCUGUAGCACGCCUCAUCAAGCACCUUGGCUGGUCCUGGGUGGGCAUGUUGGGCACUGAUGAUGACUACGGAUACACUGCCACUGGCAUGUGCACUGCCGAGCUGACACGCCUGGGCGUGUGUGUGGCCUUUCACAUCAUCAUCCCCAAAGUGCCAUCUGUGCAGCAGAUUCAGGGCAUCGUGAAGACCAUCCAAGACUCCACUGCACGCGUGCUGGUAUGUUUCGCCACUGAGGAGGAAAUUGAGCCUGUGAUGGAGGAGGUGGUGAGGCAAAACGUGACAGGUAGGCAGUGGGUGGCCAGCGAGGCUUGGAUAACCUCCACCCUCAUGUCCACCACCUACCCUUCUCUUGUUGGUACGAUCGGCUUCGCCAUCAGCCGAGCCACGAUCCCAGGCCUCCAGAAGUUUCUCCAUAACCUGAGACCUUUGGCUGAGCCAUAUAACCCCUCUGCCCGAGAAUUCUGGGAAACACAGUUCUCCUGCUCCUUCAAUAAGAGCAAGCCAGUCGGUUCGAUGGCCGAUGCAGUCCAUUAUAACCGCACCUGUACAGGAGAGGAGAGGAUCGAGGACACUGAGACAGCCUAUAAUGAUGUGUCCCAGCUCAGAGUCACCUACAAUGUGCACAAGGCUGUGUAUGCUGCAGCCCAGGCACUGCACAACCUGUUCAUGUGUCAGAGAGAUGAGAGCACCACUGAUAAGCAGCCCUGUCCAGAUAUCUACAACCUUCAGCCCUGGCAGAUGAUUCAGUACCUGAAGGAGGUAAACUACACCAAUGUGUUUGGAGACACUGUGUACUUUGAUGAACAUGGAGACUCUUUGGGCUCAUACGAUAUAGUAAACUGGCAGAAGGGCCCAGGAGACAGGACUCUGCGGUUCGUUAAAGUCGGACACUUUGAUUCCUCUCUCCCAGCUGAUCAGCAGCUGCUGCUCCACCAGGACAUCAUGUGGCAUGACGGGUCUAAGGAGGUGCCAGUGUCGGUAUGCACUGCCAGCUGCGCGCCAGGCUACAGGAAAGCAACACGUAAGGGUGAACCGCUCUGCUGUCACGACUGUGUGCCUUGUGCUGAAGGCACCUUCAGCAGCAGCAUAGACCAAUCUGAGUGCACUCUCUGCCCUGAGGACCUCUGGUCCAGCCCACAGCGUGACAGCUGUGUUGACAAGCACAUCGAGUUUCUGUCUUACACUGAGGGUUUUGGCAUGGCCCUAGCAGCCAUGGCUAUCCUUGGCAUAGUCGCCACUAUGACCGUAGCCAGCAUUUUCCUCCGUCACCGAGACACGCCCCUGGUCCGCGCCAACAACUCAGAGCUGAGCUUCCUGCUGUUACUAUCGCUCACACUCUGCUUCCUGUGUGCCCUCACCUUUCUGGGCCAGCCUACACGCUGGGCCUGCCCACUCAGACGCACAGCCUUCGGUUUGACCUUUGCCCUCUGUCUCUCCUGCCUGCUCAGUAAGACUCUUGUAGUUCUUAUGGCCUUCAAGGCCACAUUGCCUGGAAACAACAUGGCACGUUGGUUUCGCCCUCCCCAGCAGCGACUGGGUGUAUUCCUCUGCUCUGCCCUACAAUGCGUCAUUUGUAUAACUUGGCUGACCACGGCCCCACCUUAUCCUGUAAAGAACACAUGGCUGUACCGGGACCGGAUUGUUCUAGAAUGCCACAUGGGUUCUGUGGCAUUGUUCAGCUGUGUGCUCGGCUACAUUGGGUGUCUGGCUGUCUUUUGCUUUAUACUGGCUUUUCUGGCCCGAAAGUUACCUGACAACUUUAAUGAAGCCAAAUUCAUCACAUUCAGCAUGCUCAUAUUCUGUGCAGUUUGGAUCACCUUUAUUCCAGCUUAUGUCAGCUCUCCUGGAAAAUUCACUGUAGCUGUUGAGAUAUUUGCUAUUUUAGCCUCAGGUUUUGGUGUUCUUCUCUGUAUUUUUGUCCCCAAAUGUUACAUUAUCAUCUUUAUCCCUGAAAAGAAUACUAAAAAAUAUCUCAUGUCUCAAUCUGUUGGAAGGUGA